AUCAUCAUCUAAAUAUCAAGUAAGAUUUCAUUUCACUAGUAACUUCAUUUCAAGUGGAUUUUCAUUUUCCGCGUCAAUUUGCUUCAUUAUACAUUUUGUGGCAAUAAAUAAAGACAUGUCGGAAAAAAAAGAAGUAGUCAUAACAGGUAUUGCUGGUAGAUUCCCAGAAUGUAACUCUACUGAAGAAUUUAAGCAAAAAUUAUACAAUAAUGCGGAUUUAUUGACUGUCGAUAACAGAAGAUGGUCUCCAGGUAUGUAUGGAGUUCCAUCAAGGACAGGAAAAUUAAAGGAAAUAAGUAAAUUCGACGCUGAGUUUUUUGGAAUUCACUCUAAAUUGGCAAAUGCUAUGGACGUACAACUUAGGAUUUUACUUGAGGUUACUCACGAAGCCAUACUCGAUGCUGGCGUUAACCCACAAGAUAUACGUGGAACGAAAACGGGAGUAUACGUUGGUAUGAUGACUACAGAGUCAUCAGAUUAUUUUGAACGUACGCCAGAAAAAAUGUCAGGAUAUGAAACAAUCGGUGCAAUUAGAUCAAUGCUAGCAAACAGGCUAUCUUUCCAGUACAAUUUUAAUGGUCCGAGUGUCGCCAUUGAUACUGCAUGUUCGAGCGCACUGUUUUGUUUGCACGAAGCGAUCACCGCAAUAAAGACCGGCCAAUGCGAUGCAGCUAUUGUUGCAGGAACUAAUUUACUUUUAAAACCAGCUAUUUCAGUCAUGUACCAUCGUUAUAAUAUGCUUAGUCCUACAGGAACAAGUAGACCUUUUGACAUUGGUGCUAACGGAUACGUAAGAAGUGAAGCUGUUGUUGCUCUAUACAUAAGAAAAUCAACAGAUGCAAAACGAAUAUAUGCAACUGUAGUAGGAACGUCCACAAAUACCGAUGGGUUCAAAAUCGAAGGCGCCACAUAUCCAUCGCAGUCAGUGCAAAGUCAACUCAUUAGAGAUACUUAUACACGUGCAAAUUUAAAUCCCAGAGAUGUCCAUUAUGUCGAAGCUCACGGAACAGGGACGGGUGUUGGAGACAAACAAGAGUUGAAUGCCAUUUCGGAUGUGUUUUGUAUUGACCGUAAAAGUCCUUUGCUUGUUGGAUCGGUCAAAUCAAAUGUGGGUCACGCAGAACCAGUAUCAGGUUUAGUGUCGAUAGCAAAGGUGCUUUAUGCGUUGGAAACAGGAAUUAUUCCAGCUAAUAUUAAUUUUGAAACAUUAAACCACAACAUUCCAAAACUUGUUAGUGGAGAAUUGAAGGUUGUUGAUAAGCAAACACCAUUACCUGGAAAUAUGGUUUCCAUUAAUUCAUUCGGCGUUGGAGGAUCAAAUGUCCACGUAAUUCUAAGAGCUCACGAAAAAAAUGCACAGGCUAUAUCAUUACCAACACUCGAAAUUCCUAGACUAGUAUUUCUAUCAGGACGAACUAGAGAAGCGUUAAUUGAACAAUUUGAUACAGUUGAAAACUAUGCAGAUAAUAAUGAUUUGUUAACUUUAAUUAACGAUAUAUAUAAAUCAACAAUUCCUGGUUAUAAGUUUUCUGGUUAUUCAAUUCUGGGACAAACCCCUAAGAACGUUGAAAUAGCUCAAGGUAAUGGUUCCGGUGAUAAAAGGCCAAUCUACUUCAUUUUUCCAGGCAUGGGAAGUCAAUCGUUAGAAUUAGUCGCCGAUUUAGUGAAGUUUAAAGUUUUCAAACAAACUGUAGACAAUGCACAUUCAAUAUUAAUUCCAUACAACUAUAGUGUUUAUGAUUUAUUUUAUAAAUCUGACGAAAGUACGUUCAAGAGUAUUAUCAAUGUUACCAUCACGAUUAUUAUUGUCCAAAUCGGUCUCGUUGAUAUUUUACACUCACUUGGUAUCAAUCCGGAUGGUAUUAUCGGCCAUUCAGUCGGUGAACUCGCUUGUGCGUAUGCUGACGGUUGCUUCACAUUGAAAGAAGCGUUAUUGACAAUGUAUUGGAGGUCUAAAAUCUUGACACAAAUUGACGUUCCCGCUGGUGCUAUGGUUGCAGUAGGACUAUCGUGGGAAGAGACGCAAAAGAGACUUCCUGAAGGUAUAUUAGCUGCUUGUCAUAACAGUGCAGAUAGUGUUACGAUUUCGGGACCUAAAGAUAUAACUUUGAAAUUCGCUGAAACUUUAAGACAAGAAGGAAUAUUUGCGAAGCCCGUUGACUCGAUGGAAUAUGCUUUUCAUUCGCCAUAUCUAGAUGAACUUAUACCGGCGCUGAAACCUUAUUAUGAAAAGAUAAUGGCAAAUCCCAAACCACGAUCCAAUCGGUGGAAGAGUACAUCGAUACCUGAACACCAAUGGAAUACGUCUGAAGCCCAAUAUUCGUCAGUAGCGUAUCAUUUAAAUAAUAUAAGUUCGCCAGUUUACUUUCACGGUGCAAUGAAACAUGUACCCGAAAAUGCUAUAGCAAUUGAAAUUGCUCCUCAUUGUUUAUUACAAGCGAUUUUGAAGAGAUCGCUACCCCCUACCGUCACAAAUGUCGGUCUGACUAAGAAAACUGUUUCGAAUCAUAUGAAUUUCUUGUUAGAAGCAAUUGGAAAGUUAUAUAUUGCCGGUGCAGAGCCGCAAUUACAUAAUUUGUAUGGUAAAGUUGAGUAUCCUGUAGUUAGAGGUACGCCAAUGAUAUCUCCAAUGUUAAAGUGGGAUCACACGAACGACUAUGUAGUUCCCAAUUUUGUGGAAAAAAAUACCGGAUCGAAUGAUAAUCAAGUUGAAGUCGAUAUAAAAACAGAUCAAGAUAAAUAUUUAAUCGGUCAUACCAUUGACGGACGUAUUCUGUACCCAGCUGCAGGAUAUAUAACAUUAGUAUGGAAAGCGUUUGCAAAACUACAAGCAAAAUGGUUUGAGGAUGUUCCAGUCAUUUUUCAGAAUAUAAGAUUCUUAAGACCAACUGUCCUUAAUACCGAGGGCAGUGUUCAGUUCAACAUUAAUAUACUCGAUGAUUCCGGCGAAUUUGAGUUAAAAGAAGGAGGAUCAUUGACAGUUUCAGGACGUGUAAAAUUAUUAAACCAAAGUUAUGAAAAAAAACAAAUAGAACACCUUGCAACAAUUUCAGAACAAAUGGAAAUAAAUUCUGAUGAUUUUUAUAAAGAGUUGAGACUUCGUGGAUAUCAAUAUAAAGAUGCAUUUUUAGGUUUUGUAGAAGCAAACAGUGAAGGUUCUAGAGGUAAAGUUAAGUGGACCGGAAAUUGGGUAUCAUUUAUUGAUACUCUUUUACAAUUUGAACUUAUAUCUAUAACGACUAGAGAACUUCGUUUACCAACACAUAUUAAAGAAAUUGUUAUUGACCCAGUGUAUCAUAAGCAAAUUACAGAGAGAUCAUCAAAUCCUACAGAAAUCGAAGUAAAUCAUUUUGUUUAUGCUAAGACAACAAAGUCGGGAGGAGUCACUAUUUCUAAAUUGAAAGUGACGCCUGCACCAUUGAAAAAAAACGCCCAACUACCAGCAACUCUGGAACGUCACUCAUUUGUUCCGUUUAUAUAUAAAUCAAAAGAAUUAUCUACGUAUGAGGUGCUUUAUUCUUUGAUUGGAUUAUUCAUGGAAAACAUAGGCGUACACCUUGUGAAAGCAGCGGAAAUCCAUAACAACAACUUAUUGGCUACUCAAAUCGUCCAAAUAAUCGAAGCAGAAGCUAAUUUUUAUGUGGACUAUACAGUUCUAUCAAACAACCCAGUUAAUGUCGAACAAAGCAAAUUAUCAUCAUUAGAUAUUGACGUUGUUGAGUUCAAUAUUGAAAAUGCAUCAUUAUCUGAUGAAUACCAUUUGAUAGUUGCUGAUGAUAUUCAUUUUGACGGUACUUUAUUGGGUAAAAUUUCUGCAGCAUUAUCUCCAAGAGGAUUUAUUCUUUUGGUUGAAAAUAUUUCCGCACUUGCCUCGACUACAUUAAAAUCAUUGAACCUCCAAAUAGUGACAGUUAUUGAAAACAAUGAUAAGAAAUACUUUCUUUUGAAAAAACUAUCUCCAAAAUACCAGUACACGGCUUUAAAAAUCGAGGAUGAACAGUUUUCAUGGGUGGAGUCAUUGCAAAAAGAGUUAGCUGACAUUAAUGGAUGUACAAACAAAAAAGUGAUACUGUAUAGCGAUAAACAUAUCAACGGUGUACUCGGUCUGUCUAAAUGUUUAGUAGAAGAAUAUAAUGGUGAAGAAAAUCCUAUUAGGUGUAUACUAACUGAACCUGGUAAACAAUAUACUUUGAAAGAUUUUGCUUCAUUACUUGAAAACGAUCUGUUCUUUAACGUGGAAAGAAACGGUGUUUGGGGAUCCUACAGACAUUUACCAAUUGAUGUGAAAAUUGCUUCAACCGUUCAAACAACCCAAGCCAAAGUGACCGUACAGUCCAAAGGUGAUCUGACAACACUUCAAUGGGUCCAGUCGUCAAAAUACUUCAACAGCACUGACACCAGUGGUUCCAUAAGAAUAGCUUAUGCUGGUGUAAACAAUGUCGAUUUAUCUGCAGUUUCUUCAAUGAAAACCGAAUUCGGAGUUGAAUUUUCUGGUACUAAAAAAAAUGGCCAAAAGGUAAUGGGAUUGGUUAAAACCGGUGCUCUAUCAACAACAGUCAAUGAGAGUAAUGCAAUUUUAUGGAAUGUACCAGAAAGUUGGACUUUGAGACAAGCCGCAACUGUUCCGUACUCAUACUUUGUGGCCACUUAUGCUUUAAUACACAAAGGAAAUUUAUCGGAAUCAAAAAAUGUGUUGGUAUUUGCUAGCGAAAACAGUAUAAACUACGCGGCUAUUUCUAUUGCACUAUCUCUCAAGUGCAAAGUCUUUAUUGUAGCUGAAACUAACGAACAGCUUGAUGUUAUUAAAUUCAUUUACCCAGAAGUGAGUCAGGUUUCAACUACGAGGUUUGAUUCAAAAUUCAUUCACAUGGUAUCAGCGUUGACUCUAAAUCAAGGAGUCGAUUAUGUUAUUUUGCCUAAGUAUUGUUCUGAACACCUGCCAGAUCUUCUUGCUGAUGAAGCAAAAAUUAUCAUUACCGAAAAUACAGACAUAUCAGUGUUAUCAAAUUCUCCAAAUGGAUUUGGAGUUAUAUCAGCAAAGUUUGAAGAUAUUCCUAUUUUAAAUAAUCAAUCUGCAGAUUUGAUUUAUUCAUUCAUCGAUUCAAGAAUAAAAAUGGGUGUUUUAAAACCACUACCGUUAACUAUUUACCCAUAUUCUGAUAUCGAGUCGGCUUUCAGAUCGUACGCUACUAACAAGACUGGAAACAAAAUAAUUAUUGAAGUGUCUGGGGAUUCACCAAUAUUGAACUUUGCAGCCUACCGACGGGUUUAUUUUGAUCCGAGCAAGAGUUAUAUACUUUCGGGUGGCCUCGGUGGAUUUGGAAUGGAACUUACCGAGUGGGCAAUAGAACGCGGAGCCAAGAAUAUUAUUCUCUGUUCUCGAAGUGGAAUUCAAACGGGGUACCAAAAAUAUAGAGUAAAUGUUUGGAAAAGCAAAGACAUCAAAGUGGAAAUCAGCACAUUUGAUCUGACUAAAUCUUCGGGAGCUAAAGACACUGUCAAAUUGGCUCUCAGUCUAGGCCCACUUGGUGGAAUUUUCAACUUAGCUGGGGUUUUGAGAGAUGGAAUUUUCGAAAAUCAAACAGUUGAUAACUUCCAGACUGUGUACAACAGUAAAGUCUUAACUACUAAAUAUUUAGACGAAGCGUCGGAAGCUGUUAGCAAGGACUUGGAUUAUUUUGUCACGUUUUCGUCUAUUUCUUGUGGCCGUGGCAACAGGGGCCAGACCAAUUACGGUUAUGCAAAUUCUAUCAUGGAAAGGAUUUCGGAACAAAGACAAAAACGAGGACUGCCGGCGCAAUCUAUCCAAUGGGGAGGCAUAGGUGACGUAGGAAUGGCAUAUCUAUUAACUCGUGGUAAUGAAGAAAAGGAAAUCAAUGGUACACUGGCCCAAAAAAUAUCGUCUUGCUUAGGGGCGUUGGAUACACUAUUAACACAAAGUUCAUCUGUCGUUGCUUCGCACGUGAUACCAACCAAAAGAAAAUUAACGGAGAAUUCAAAAUCACAAUCGCUCAUGGAAAUCGUUUCCGGAGUUAUGGGGAUUCAAGAUCCACUUUCAGUUAAACCUACAUCUACCUUAGCUGAUUUAGGAAUGGAUUCAUUAAUGGGAGUUGACAUCAAACAAACUAUUGAACGUAUGUUUGGACUGUCAUUGAAUAAUUCUCAAAUACAACAGUUGAAAUUUAGUGAAUUGGAAAAUGUGGGUACUAAAUGAAACCUGAUCUAACAUUUUUGUAUAAUUUAGGAUAAGUUUGAUGUAAAUACGGAUUAUUUUAAUCUGUAUUAGUUAAAACAACAUAAAAUGAAUUUAAUUGUAUAGUUUUUAAGUUUAAUUUCAAUUAUAAUUUUAGAUUUAAAAUAAUUAACAUUUGGUUUGUAAAGAAUUUUAUUUUUUGAAAAAAAAUUCUAUGUUUUUGUUUUGUUUAUAUAAAUAAGGAAAAAUGAAUAACGUUUAAUAAUAUUGCCAUGUCAGUAUUUUACUGUCUUGGCUACAUAUUAAAACAUAUCUAACUGAACGUCGAUAUGGGUGGAUUUAAGAAUAAUGAAAUAUCUGGACUAAACACAUAAUAUUUAUCUAUAAUGCUACAAAUGUUAAAUGAGAUUAUAGUACCUAUUCAUUAAAUACACGUUAUCUAACAUUCAUCAUACUUUUAGUAAGUGUACUAUAAUAUUUAUUACGUGCCUAUAUUUUGUACAUGACAGUAUGUUUUUCAUAGUGAGUGGUUCUUGCUGCAAUAGAAAAUACGUUUAGAUCUAACUUUUUUUCUUUUGUAGUUAUAAUGUCGUCGAAAUUAUUUAUUGAAAUGU